GUAUUGUAACGUUUCACUCGCAUUGACAUCUAGCUCGUAGGCCUAACCGUUGCUUUAAUCUUUCACGUUAUUGCAAGAACGUGACGUUGGGGGGGUUUUGCUGGUAACGUUACACAAUUAGUGACAUCAUCGUAAUUUGAAACGGUUAAAGUUCACUUGUGUCAGUGGACAUCAAUGUUGACAAGCUAAAGUUAGCUAAGGAAGUACGCUAUUAAAAAACCAGUUAGCUGAUGUUACCUAGCUAGCUAAAUAGCAAUAGAGAAGGGCUGAAAAAGUUUAUAAAGUGGGUCGACAGAGGCCUCUGGGAUUUGGCUAAAUAAACGAUAUUUUACGCCACGACCUGCAUGCCGUUAGUCUACAAUGCUUUAGCUAAUUGUAACUAUAGACUAGCUAGUUUAGCGAAGUUAUCUAGCUAGCUAUGCAAUAUUUUGUAUUUGUGACUAAGAUAGCUAGCUACAGUAGCUACCGUAACAUAACAUUACUAUUACGAUAAGAAACGUGUUCCUGUCAAUGGCAACAAUUACCUUGGAAAAAACGAGGUUAGAUGACUCGUUCGCUGCAAUGGCAACAGUACAACGUCGCAUUAAACGGACCAGUUAUGUAUGUUUUAUCGUCACGCUACUGGUUAUCACCUUGAUUGUGUUUGGACAUAAUUACGGACUUCUUGGGAUACCCUCUCCUGUCUCAAUCGUUGUUGGAGUUUUCUCUGUGGGUGGAAUGGCGCUUCUGUGGAGAGACAUUGACUGGAGGGUAAAGGGGCAGAAUAGAUCUGUGGGCAGCCUUCUCACUCAAUACGUGGCCAUGAAAGUCGUGGGUUGGCUGGGGAAACGACAGAGGGAACGUCUGGAAGCAGACACGUGUGACAUCAGGAAAGCGCAGGAGGAAACGCUACUCAAGCGUCUGCGCAAAAAUGCAAACACAUACUAUGGACGUCUGUACGAGUUCAGUGCAAUCAAAGACUCUGUGGCUUUUUGCCAGCAUCACCCAUUAACGGAGUAUGAGCACUACCGUGACCUGGUCAAGCGUGUAGCUGCAGGGGCAGAGGGGGUGCUGAUCGCUGGGAGACCCCUUAUCCUGGCUAUGACUUCUGGCACAUCUGGAGCCAGCAGUAUGCUGCUCAGCACGAAGGAUACCAACACAGAGUUCUUCUUACAGGGUGUCGCUGUGUGCCUGGAUGCCAUGAGGAAGGCCUUUCCCGCCAGCGAGAGCCUACAGCGCACCACCAAGUUCUUCUACACACCCACUUUGCGCCAGUCAGAAGCAGGCAUCCCCAUUGGACCAAACUCUUCCACCCCUGCCUCCUCCCGCCACAUGCUAACCCUAUACACCACCCCUGCGCCUGCCUUCCAGGUGUCCAGUGAGCCGGACGCUCUCUACCUGCACCUGCUCUUCGCCCUUAAGGACUGCAGCGUGGGCACCCUGGAGUCCAACUUUGCCGCCUCUGUCUUUUACGCCUUCUGUUUCAUGCAGGAGAGGUGGCAGGAGCUGGUGGAGGAUGUGGAGCUGGGCCGGGUCAGCCCCCGGCUGGCCAUCGAGGACGGGGUGCGGCGCGGCCUGGACCGGCUGCUGACGCAGGACCCAGAGCGGGCGGCCCGGCUGAAGGCCGAGUUCCAGCAGGGCUUCGAGGGCAUCGCACUCCGCUUGUGGCCCCAGCUGAACCUGGUGCUGGCCGUGGACUCCGGCUCCAAUCACAUCUACGGAGAGCUGCUGAGGCAGCACUACUGCCGGGGCGUCCCCUUCUACUCCCCAUUCUAUGCUGCUACUGAAGGUCUCAUUGGGGUAAACCUGUGGCCAGAGAAGGACCAGCGGCAGUACUUGCUCUGUCCACGCUCCAUGUUCUGUGAGUUCCUGCCUGAGGCCAGUUUGGAUGAGAAGCAGCCGCAAACCCUGCUGAUGGACCAGGUCCAGAAGGGGCUCUCGUACGAGCUGGUGGUCACCAACGCAUCUGGUCUCUUCAGGUACCGCAUAGGAGAUGUGGUGAAAGUGGUUGGAUUCCACAAUCAAUGCCCAGUGGUGGAAUUCCAGUACAGGCGUGGACAAAUGCUGAACGUUCGAGGGGAGAAAGUGUCUGAGGCCAUGUUUCUGGCAGCCCUGAUGAGAGCAGUCCGUCAGUGGCCCGGCGCGGAGCUAGUGGACUACUGCUGUGCAGAAAGUGGAAUUUUGGGCGAGUCCUCCGGUGGCUCUGACCCCCACUAUCAAGUGUUUCUGGAGCUGCAGGGGGUGAGAAACCUGACUGAGGAGCAGCGCUACAAGCUGGAUCACUGUCUCCAAGAAGACUCGGCCGUCUAUAAAUCUUUUAGGCACAAAGGCAGCAUUGGGCCAAUGAGGGUGCAGCUGGUGGGUGGCGGGGCCUUCCAGGAGUUACGCGGACACAUGCUGGCCUUCUCCCAAGCUUCGCCCAACACCUUCAAAAUGCACCGCGUGCUGCACAGGAAGGAGUACGCCAAUUUCCUGCGGGGAAAGAUCAUCUCCUAAGAGCUCUCUGAAGCUCUUUGUGGGAACCGGCCCCAGUCGGACCCCUGCCUAAGUAAGCUUGGCAGCGACAAGAGAGAGCCCAACCCUGACUGUGGGUUUCACGCCAAGCCCCCCUCAGGGGGCCUCUUUUGAAGGUCCCAGCCACCUUUAAAUCAAGUUGUUAAGGUCGCCUUUUUAUUCGCGCUGCACUUCUGCAAGGCAGACUCGUCCUUUUUCUCGUUGUCGUCAAGCCGUACCCUCGCGGCGGGAAUGUGCAUCCUCCUCUUCGCUGAGGACUGCAGCGCGGUUUUCCAUCGCAUGCUGUACGUGCCAGGCACGAUUUCAGUGGUUACUAUGGGGACAACAAUAUCUGCGAUUCUGUAUCAUCUUCCGCCUUAAAGAUGAUACCCAACAUGCAGUAAAAGGCACGCAAGGAUAUAUCGAAAGUUCAAAGAUAAUGGAAAGUGGCAGCCACGGGGAACUGUGUAUUAAAUUUCACAGUUAAAAAAAUAUUUGAGUAUUAAGUAUGCUUUCCCGGGAGUCCUGAGGUCUUUACAGAUGAGAGCUUAUUGAAAUCGGGGGGAAGGGAGAGGGAUGUCAGACUCACAGCGAAGGCAGAGAAUAAGUUACAGCAUACCCCUGGGGAUGUGUUGUUAAGAGCAGGACCCAGGGAACCGCAGAGGAUUUUAGAGGGUUGAGCUCCUAAAUCAGGAUGGGGGCAGGGUGCAAAGGUCUUAAAGAUCGUAGUUCAGGUCAUACCCGUUGGCCAUGCUCCAUCAUAUGAUUCCAAUAUUAAUUGGAUUUAAUUUGGACUUUGCCUAUUUUGCAAUCACUUUCAAUUUUUUUUUGUGCCAAGCUGAACUUUAUAAUGACAUUUCCAAAUACAGCAAUCAUUAAUCAUGUGUAUGGAUCAAUAAAAUCACAGCACAUAAUGAUAAUAUGCCUUAGGUUCGUCAAGGUUGAUCUCUGCUCUUAUAUUUCCCAGCUGAUUGACUGAUAGUCAAAUGUGGGCAUCAACCACACUGAAUACAUUUUGUUGUUUUUUUGCUGACACCGGUAAUUAUUUGCUGAGGGGGAAGUGUAGUCUUUGCUGAUGUAAAAGCAGUUUUCCGUUGGGUAGUCUUUCCCAGACAUUUGUUUUCUCUGGCCACAAAUUGUGACAUCCCGUUCUGCCACAUCUCUGAACAGUCCUGCAGCAGGAAAGAAUUGAGGGAAGUGGUUUAAAUUAGAGCUGACAACUGAUUUUGUGAAAAUGAGAACAAAGUGGAAAACAAUAAUGAACUCCCCUUUAAUCAAGGUUUGCUGUCAUGAAUCUGGCAAGUACAGUAAUUCUCCAAUGGCCGCCUAGACUUAAGCUUAAAUCUUACCUGAAGCUAACCCCCCCCCCCCCCCCCCCCACACACACACACACACACUUUUUGGUAACCCCCCCUCCCCAGGGUUUUACCCCAGUUUACUGGCCUUGCCUGCCCAGAUGAUUGGCAUCAGCUGCCAGUUGACCUGAGCUGUCCUUUGGCAGAAAUGUCUUCACAGAUUUGUUCUCAUCAGGAGGGCGAUCCCGCAGGGCACUGUCAUGGUGCUAUUGCCAGAGUGGCUCGAGUUAAUUAAAGUUUUAUGUUUCUGGAUUUUCAUGCUUUAAAUUGCAGUGUUUUUGCAAUGUUACAAAAACCACUGUCUUUUAAAAGGCUGAUACCCUUAAUUUUUUUUUAAUUGACAUGCAUUCACCAGCUGGCACUUCCAUAAAAAAGUAAUCUAGGCUGCUGGGUGUCUCAUCCUAUUAAUGCACCGCUCUAGUGCUUAUGGUGCUAUCGAAUCUGGACAGUGCCUGUGCUGGUUGUGGCUGGCUGCCUUGCAGGGUAGCACCUAACUGGCUGUAGCAUCGCACAGGAAUAGACACCUUUAAUUUCGUGGGACCUUUUGUCUCUGCCUACCAGCUAUCCCCCUGAGAUCAAUCCCGCAGUCUGUCUGCACAAGCCACACAAUGAAGUGAUGAGGACUAACAUAAGAAUUGGGGAUUCCCAAUUUGGAGACUUCAAAGUUUUAAAAUGCAGUGAGCUCCGUAAUUGGGACAAAGACAUUUUUCUUGAUUUGGCUCUGUAACUGACACUUUGGGAUUCAUGCGUGCUUUGUAUUGUUUGCAACAUAUUAAUGUUGUGAAAGUAGUCUGUUUGGUGCUUGAAAUCUGUGACCCAUAGACAUCACCAGGUGUUGAGUAUAUUUUCUGAUGAUGAUGCUUCUGCUUGGUUUUGGGGUAGUUGACUUAAAGGUACAAUAGGUAAUUUCAGACUUCUAACAGUCAAGAAGGGAAUUGCGGCAACAAACACCCUCAAAUCACAACACUGUUUAUCCCUCCCCCUUCUCUGUGAACCCCCACUCAUACACACGCUAUUAGCUCUGGCAAUUAGAACCAAUUUCCAACCAAUGAGCUUGGAUUAUUGUACAGCUAUGCAGUGUUCUGGUAGAGAGUGUUGGUUGGUGAUAGGAAGGGAUUUACGAUGGUCUUGUUACAAUGUUUUCACACAAAAAUCUUCUCCUAGCAGUAUGUUUUGAAUCAUUGUCUUGCUGUAGGAUGAAGUGCCAUCGAAUGAGUUUCACGCCAUUUACUUAAACUUGAGCAGAUAGCAUUCUUCCGUACUCUUCAGAAUAAAUUCUGCUGCAAUGAACAGUUUCAUCAUCAAUGAAGACAAGUGAGCCAGUACCUCUGGCAGCCACAUGUAAAAAAAACAUCACAGCCCCACCACCAUAUUUAAGAAAUGAAUGGACAUGCUUUUAAUCUUGGGCAGUUCCUUUUGGCCUCGACAAUUUGCUCUUAACAACACAAUACUUUUUUGGUACUUCUUAGCCAACUUUAAUCUGGUCAUUCUGUUUUUGCAGCUAACUAGUGGUUUGCAUCUUGCAGUGUAGCCUCUGUAGUUCUGUUUUUGAAGUGUGGCCAGUAGUCACUGACACAUCCACACAGGAUGCAGCCUGAAGAGUGUUUCUGAUCUGUCGGACAGCUGCUUGGGGGUUUUUCUUCAUUAUGUUGAGAAUUAUUAUUCAUGAACUGUAGAGGUCUUUUUUGACAAAACUUUCUAAACUUAAUCUCAACCUGUUUUCAUUGAUUUCCCUUGAUUAACAAGCUUGCUAGCGCUCAGGCUAAUCAAUCGGAAAUGAACACGCAGCUGCUUCACAAUGAAAUGGACACUUGACCGAAAUGGCCAACUUCUUAAUCUUUUUCUCUUUUCUUUUUUUACCCAAACCUGCUGGAGCUAUAAUUAACUUAACUCCAAAAAAAAAAAAACAUUUAUAAAAAUGUUUAGAAGAGGAUAAUCUGCAAAUAUUCAGUGUAAAAUAUGUAGCAUGAAACUUGGGUUUAACAAUUACAUUUUUUAGCGAGCAACAAAAGCACACUAACAAGUGUCUCGAUGAAGGAAAACGAUAGUGAUGAUGUAUGAUCACUUGUAUGACUUGUAUGAUUUUGUUCAGCUAAAUAAAAGCUUUCUGGAUCCCA